AUGAGUGUAAAGUGGGCACUGGAAGCUCUUCUCCUGGCAUCUGUCGCCACCUAUGCCGUCGAAGCUCAAGGCGCUACCUGCGCAAAUACAAGGUGCCAAAGCGGCUACAAAUGCGUAUUGGUAGAGCCACAAAACUGUGUUGGUUGUCCUAACGCUCCUCGAUGCGUCCAACAAGAAUGCAACACCAAUUGUGUCCUACCUUGCCCCUUCCGAUAUAGCUGUGUGCUAGUAGCUACUAGCUGGUAA